AUGGAAAAGGCCUGGCUGAAGCCUUACCGAACGGAUAUCAUUCUGUAUACUCCAGACCUGUCAAAUGUUAGCGACAAAGGUUCAAUCGCCACCUCUCUUGCGGUUGUCUUCCAGAAGGUCCCGAAGCAAUCAUCAUUUUCUUCUCUGGGGGAGGAUCACCGGGGGCCAAGGACUAGCAACCCUGGGCGAAGACCAAUGGUUGAACUCGAGCACGCCAUCACUGGUUGUACAGGAAGUCCCAACUCUGCGAAGGGUAUCUUCGAAGAGGAGUUUUCAACAGCUGAAUUACCUCAUGGAGCUUACAAUACCCAUAACUUCUUGUUCUGUCUCACUGGCAACUCUUUGAUCGAGAAGGCCCCUGUAUUGAGUGUUCCUGAUUCUACUCAUGGGUCGAACAUUGAUUGGACCUCGUUAAGAGCUUGGAUUAGAGCCUGCGAAGACGAUCACCCCAUGUGUCGCCCUAAAGGUCGACUGUUCUCUGACAAAGGAGACAUUCCUAUCCGUUGCGUCGACGUCAAGACUUCGACCAUUGUUCACAUCGAUGCUGAUACCAGAUACCUUGCUUUAAGCUACGUUUGGGGAGCGGAACGCCAUGAGAUUAUGGAACAUAUCAAUCACUGCCUUGUUGGGGCGGAAUCCACAAUAAUAAUCGACUCUCUGCCACAGACCGUCAGGGACGCAAUCCGGAUUACAGAACACUUAGGAGAGCGAUAUCUUUGGGUAGACUGCCUAUGCAUCAACCAAGGGGACGCCCGCGAUCUGAGUGAGCAGAUCGGAUUAAUGGAUAGAAUCUAUGAAUACUCAUCGCUUACUCUUGUAACUUCGACCACUACCAAUGUCUAUUCAGAAAUUCCCGGUAUACGCUCGCUGUCAAGGGUAAAAUCCGCAUGUGACGCGAUGAUCGAUGGGCGAUCGGUGAAAGCCAUAUGCGCUGCCAGCGUUGUUGGCGAAUUCUUUGGACCAUGGUCGACAAGGGCCUGGACUUAUCAGGAGUGGCUUCUUUCGAGGCGUUGUCUACUCUUUUCGGAAAACCAGAUACUGUUCCGGUGUCAGUUCACUACUGGGCUGGAAUCCUUUGCUCCUCCAAGAGCUGCCCAGUUUCCUAAUAUCGAUGCGAUGCCCAGAUUUUGGCCCGAUGUGAGGUCGGCUUCGACUACGUUGUCACGUCUAUCGCUCGAUAGGACGUCAUGGAACUUUGAGACAUACGCUGAGCUCGUAAGAGGUUAUACAGAAAGGUCACUUUCUAAGGAUACGGAUGUCCUGCUCGCAUUUUCUGGUCUAAUGAGCAAGCUGGAAUAUUCCAGUGGGAUGCCUUUCAUCGAGGGAAUGCCGACGAGGGACUUACUGAACGCCCUCCUUUGGACAGUGGACGACAACGCUGUGUCGCGUCUAAAGGAAUGGGUUCGCAGGCAGCGACUACCUUCGUGGUCCUGGGACGGCUGGACUUGUUCAGUAAAAUAUCCUUGUUGGCAAAUACUUCCCUCAUCUGAUAUCGCCCAGGACUUUGCUCGUCGUUAUGAGGAGAUUCAUAGGACUAGACCCAUCGAGUCCAAACGAGCAAGAAAAUGGGCACAUCGGAGACGACACACUCCGAUUCCUGUCAUUGUUUCUUUGCUCACAGGUUAUGUGGACACUCACCGCCACUUGCCUUACAGAGCUUACAGUUUAAAAAGUGCCCACUUGUCUUUGCCCACGUCAAUCAAGAAUCGUGGGGCUUCAUGUCUUUGUGUGAGCUCGGAGACAAGGUCACUCCUGAUUGAGGUUAGCUCAAGCAGGGACAAAUACAAACAACUCAUACGGACAGUCAAGAUCCUCCACCCACUCAGCAAGGAUAUCAUCGACGGUGAGCAUGUUUUAAAGUCACUGAUCAAAUUGGGAAAGCGUGAUGGGAGCCUCCGCGACUUCCCUACCUCCUCUGGCAUCUUUAAAGAAGAUGGUUCCAUACAUCGUGAUGCUGUACUACUACAAGCGUGGAAAAUCGAAGGCGAUGAUGGGGAGUGGUACGACAGGGUCAUCGCUAUGAUUAUAGACCGCUUGGAAGACGGCGCUGUGGAGCGAAUCGCAACUACCGCCUUCUGCAGCGAGGACUGGUACUCCCUUCCACUGGUCAACGAAGUCGAAGAACUCGAGCUGGUAUGA